AUUGAAGUGCGCGCGCCUCCUGGUGCAAACGAGAGAGCCGGAGGAGCAGAAGAUAACCCGCUUCACCGUUAACACUUUGACUCUACCUUAUUAAAACAUCCCGGGGAAGAACAGCACCAUGUCCGAGGAGAAGCCAAAGGAAGGAGUCAAGACGGAGAACGACCACAUUAACCUCAAGGUAGCUGGCCAGGAUGGGUCAGUAGUACAGUUCAAAAUCAAAAGGCACACGCCUCUCAGCAAACUAAUGAAGGCAUACUGCGAAAGACAGGGACUGUCAAUUCGUCAGAUACGGUUUAGGUUUGAUGGACAGCCAAUUAAUGAAACAGACACACCUGCACAGCUGGAGAUGGAGGAUGAGGACACUAUUGAUGUAUUUCAACAACAGACAGGGGGAGUCUGUUCUUAAAUGCGAUGUGGACUCUACUCUUGGAAGAAUCACAUUAUUAUUUUCAUGUUGUAUUUGUUUAAUUCUGUUUUUACCCUCCCCUCCCCCCAACACCCACACACAUACUUUGCUUGGCUAAAUGUCAGGCUGUUCACAACAAGAAGGUAGAGGAUUUUCAUUAGGGACCAAAGCCUAACUUUGAGAUGCAGGGUAAUUUCUUUUCUUUUUUUUUUUAAACAUGUUUAUUCACACAAAUGCAUGAUUUGAAAUUGUCCAAGGCAGGGACACGUCUCAGAUCAGAUAUGGCUCCUAAUGGAAAAAACCCUCCUUGUCUUUUGAUGUUGAGAUGACCUCCUGCAUGUCUCAUAAACCAUAAGCUGAACUACAUGCCAAAACAUUUUGCUUUUUGUUAAAGUUUUCCAUAUUGUUGUAAACAUUCAAAUUCAGGUUACUCUCGACUGUUUUUAAUUAAUGUACUUGAUGAAGAUUUCUGAGGGGUGCUGCUGGAUGGCAGACUGUGGGCCCUCUGAAUAGAUGGAUGUUAUGACAUUUUCUCAUGUAACAAACUUUUAGUAGUCUUCUUUUUUUUCUAAGAAAUAUUAAAGAGAAUUUGAUGUAU